CCCACCUACCGCCUCCACUGCCAUACUCGAGGCUCAUUCUGCAUCCGCUCGGCACGGAUCAUGGCCGCAAACAUCGCUGCGGGAGAGACCCUCCAUGCAGCCGUGUCAUACCAGAAGCUUGCAGGCACAUUAGCCUUGACCGAUGCAGCACUCUCUUGGACCCCCUCUUCCUCUUCGUCGUCCUCCGCCAGCACUCUGUCCAUCCCGCUGAGCACAAUCUCAGGGCUGAGCGUGUCGAAGACGGGAGCGGCCAAGGUCUCACUUCAGAUUGCACUGUAUGAGGAUGGCGCAGCAGCCGCUGGCAUUGCCAAAGGCAAAGUUCUCUUUACCUUUACUGGAGGAAUCAAUAAUGAUCAAGCUCAGGCCGAGCAGGAGCGGGAGGAGUACAAGACAGCUCUGAUCGAGGUCGUGGGCGAGAACCGUGCCAGGGUAGAGAAGAGCGGGGCUGGGAAGGAGAGUGACACUUCGCGGCUGCCCGCUGCUGGUACCGGCUCUACUGGUCCCUCGGCAGUCGCAGGUAGUAGUGCUGCUAGGCUUCAGGCCCGUACUGAAUCGCCAGCGACUGCUCCUGCCACUCCGAGGGCCGCUGUCGACGAUGAGGCUGCUGAGCUUCGGUUACGCUACUCCUUACUACGAGCAAAUCCAUCUCUGCAAGCCCUACACAAGCAAACGGUCAUGACCGGCCUGAUCCCAGAUGCCGAAUUUUGGGCACACCCUACCAGGCAGUCGCUGCUCCGAGCGGCUCGUCAAGCGGCCAGCCAACGCAAAGGUCGCAAUGCUCGCAUAGUCGACCCACGCUUUCAGUCGGACAACGAUGGCAAUCUCAGGCUGGAGAUUACCGAUGACGAUCGCAGGGAUCUCCUCGAUCAGAAUGAGAUAUUGAGGCUGGCUCACAAAGAGAACGUCCCGAGCAAGCUUGAUGAGGCCUCUUUCUGGCAGCGAUACUUUGCUUCGUCACUAUACCACGAACUAAGGACAUCCAGCAGGUCUGCCUCCUUGCUCAACAACUCUCGCGCUACUGGAGGAGGUCCAGUCUCGCGCUCUGCCAUCGUCCAACCAGACGAAAUCUUCGACAGCUACCUGCCUCUCGUGCAAGCAAAGUACGUCGAUACGCUCGAACCCCCGGCUCGAGAGGGAGGCCAACAAGAAGCACAGAACCGUCUCAUUGACCUUGGUGCCACGGAAGGCGAUCACAACGAGCGAGGAAACGAAAAGGACUGGACAAUGAGGGGCGGAGCAGAACGUGGUGCACUGCCGCUAGUGAGACGCUUCAACGAACACUCUGAGAGAGUGCUCAGCUCGUCCCUCGGCAAAGCUGACGCAUCGACGAAUCCAUCUCUAAGUGGAGAGACCCUCGAGGCUGAACAGGUUGGCGGAGCUCGUCGCAGCAAGCGAGCCAGGACAGAGGGCGAGAGGGGAGUAGAGCUCGAGGAUCAGAUCCACUCUGCGCAUGCACAGCGGUACGAAGAAGAGAUUGUCAUCGAAGAUCUAGAAGAGAGGCGCGAGAGGAUCGCUGUACCCUUGGAACUGACCAUCGGUGAAGACGGUCAGGGCCGCAAUCGGACACGCACAAAGAGGGGAGGGGAGAGCCGACAGCCUGAGCAAGAGAGGCCGCGGGCCAGCAAGAGCCAAGUACUGAAGGACGUGUCCAUUUCCCUGGCCGAGAUGCCCAGCAACGGCACCAUCACCCUCUCCUUCUUAACGGUGCGACAGUCGAGCACACAAAAGGGCUUGUCUCUGCUGGUGGAAGACGAGUUACGAACGCUUCUCCUCGCACGUAAGGACAGGGGCUACUUCGACCUUCAGGAUUUGCCCGAUCAUCUGAGAAAGAAGACGAUGGACAUCCAUGGCACCACGACUGAAGUCUUGAGGCACUUUUGGAAUGCGGUCAGUCCGCCAGACGAAGAUGACAAGAUGAUGAAGCUGGAAGAAGGCGAAGCUCCUCCCGUACCUCCCACCCCUGCAGAGAGGGAAGAAAAGGCGAAGCGUAUGAUUGCCAUCUUGACCAAAGUGCCCGGUCAGAUCGAUGAGCUCUUGCAUCAGUCUGGCGGUGGACCCGACGAGGACAAGAUUGCUUCGGCACUGGCUAUUACAUUGGACGCUUCGAAGAGGGCCGUCCUUGUAGGGCAGCAGCUGUAUAGCGAUUGAUGCGUAGACUGGAGAUUGUGGGUCUAUGUACUGGUAGUCUGCACUUGUCGUCUCAUGCGCGACGGUCAAGCAUAACCCUCACGCUAUUCUGCUAUCUCGUCUGACCAUGUGUGACGUGCCAUCGUCGGUCACCCUGCCUUGCCUCACAACCGACCCUGCCCUCUCCCAAUUGGAUGUGUCCAAUCUUGCGCUCCCACUAGU